AUGGCUGACGCUGAGCGCGAAUUUAUUCCUGGCACGGUUCAUCUGGUCGACCUGGAACGGACGCUUUUGCUUAAGCAUGCCUCCGGGAAAAAGCAAGACGUUAUAUUGAAUCCAGCCCCUUCGGCGGAUCCUGAGGACCCUUUGAACUGGAGCCCGCGACGAAAAAUGCUGUCAACAAUUUGUAUGGCUAUCUACACCUUCGUGAUCGCCUACACGAGCGCUGCCAUCUAUUCGAUCUUGCAACCCCUCGCCGACGCAAGAGGCUUGACACUGGCUGAUCUCAAUGCUGGAACUGGAUACAUGUUCCUUGCUUACGGCUGGGGGUGUUUGAUCUUUCAGCCAUUGGCCAUCCAAUACGGCAAACGCCCCGUAUAUGUGAUCACGAUGCUCAUCUCGGUGGGGAUCAUGUUUUGGGCUCCUUACACAAAAUCCAACGGAGAAUACAUCGCCAACAAGGUUUUACAAGGGUUCAUUGGUAGCCCAGUGGAAAGUCUAGGAGAAGUCAGUGUGGCAGACAUUCGCGGAACAUAUAUGGCGGUUUAUGCACUUGCACUCACUGGAGCAAGCUUCUUUGCACCCAUCGUCGCAGGCUUCAUCAACGAUGGACAAGGGUGGGAAUGGGUCAUGUACUGGUGUGGAAUCCUCUGCCUAGCGGCAUUCAUCUUCCUCUACCUCUUCAUGGAAGAGACAAACUAUCAACGUUUGACGGUCAUGACAGCAAGUGAGAUGGUAUCCCCGAACUCGGUGGACCCUGUCUCCGACCCUACCACGGCUGAACUCCCGGACAAUCCCAAAAAACCGCAGGUCAAUGACACAACGGCGGUCACAAGCACAGACGAGACGAUUGAGGUGUCGGCGACUCUAUCGCAGCAAUACCGCCGGAAGACGUUCUUUGACAAAUUGAAGUUUUUCCAGCCCGGAGUCUGGCAACAAGAGAACAAACUGCUCGGAAUGAUGGCCCGCCCCCUGAUCUUCUUGACAUGGCCUGUCAUAGCCUUUGCCGGCUUCACCUACGGUAGUAUCCUUGUGUGGUUUAACAUUCUGAACGGAACCUCUUCACUCAUCCUAUCGGGGCCUCCAUAUCACUUCAAGCCCAGUAUGAUGGCUCGUCGAAACAAAGGCGUCAUGGAACCAGAACAUCGUCUCUGGCUUCUGGCCAUUUCAAUCGUUUUAACCCCCACAGCGCUCAUCAUCUGGGGCGUUGGGGCCUACCGAAAUAUACACUGGUUUGGUUUGGUCUUCGCCAUGGGCCUUCUUGCGUCUCAGAUCGCCAUGGGUUGCUCCAUCUCUAUCACAUACUGCGUCGACUGCUACCGUCGUCUCAGUGGCGAAACCUUGAUCACUGUCAUUCUGAUCCGGAACACCAUGAGUUUCGCCGUGUCGUACGGUCUCACACCUUGGGUCUUGAACAUGGGCUAUCGUAACGCAUUCCUGGUCGCAGCUUUUGCGGCCAUGGCCCAGAUAUCUACGACCUUCAUCUUCAUCAAGUGGGGCCGAGCCAUGCGCAAAAGAAGCAUUCCUAAAUAUCUCGAGUAUGUGGAGAAGACGAUGGGGCAUUGA